CAAGCUUCCCGUCAUGCUCAGCAAGACGAGCUGUCAAGAUGGCGGCCAACGAUGGAUCUGUGGUCCUGAGAAUAAAACGAAAAAGGACGGAAGAUGCUCUGGAUGCACUACUUGUCGCUCAAGUUUUCAAGAAACCCCACAUUGCAAAGAACGAAGACUGUGCAAAGGAAAUAACUGAUUUGAAAACCAGUGAUACAUCAACAGUUGAGCGAGUUUUCAAGUUUGUUGGAAGUGUGCCACAAGGAGAUGAUGUUAAGAGAAAAGACUUGCUGGCCAGGAUUCAUAAGCAGUCAAUAAGCCAUGAAAAUCUGGCUAAAUCUCACAUCCAGAGUCAACAAACAAUACAAGAUAGGCUGCGGCAACAGAAGAAGCUUCUAGAUCAGGAAGCCAGAUUCAAAGUCAUUUCUUCAAACAGGGAAAAUGGAACAGAUUCAGCUAGCAAAUCAGAUAGUAACACUAGAUUGUCUGAGGAAGUACAGAGGACGGAUGCAGCAACAGAGGAAGCCAUUGAUGAUGUUGAUUUAGAAGUGCAAAGACUUCUGAGUGUUUAUGAUCUUGUCAAAGAUGAAGAGUCACUCAGUAGUGACACCAAACGACAAGAAAGAUUAGCAAGGAAGGCAAAACAGGCUGAAGAUACAAAUGCUAUUCUUUGUAACUCAGUGAAAAUGAUUCGAGAAAAGUUAACAGUGUCUGAUGGACCAAGAACAGAACAGAUAAAGUCAGAUAAAGAGGGAUAUGUCUAUGACUUUUAUUACCCAAGUGAUAAUUAUGGAAGACUGGGUGAUAUAGUUGAAGUGUUGCCUUUUGACUCUGAUCUCGUUCACGAAACCCUGGAGGGAGAUUUUGGUGAACUUUAUGACGACGAGGACGAUUCAAAUGAUGAAGGAAACUGGCGGAAUGAUUAUCCAGAUGAGGAUGAGCAGUGGUCAGAUUCGUCACAAGACAGAAAAUAUUAUGAAGACUAUGGCUUUGAUUCAGAUGAAGGAUAUCGGAGACACGCUUUUGACGAAGACUUAUCAGACGAUGAGGACUAGGACUUAUUGAGAUGGACGACUUGUACGAAGCCACCUACACGAAACGACAGAAAUGGAAUGAUGCUGAUCGGGUGAUUUCGUCCUGUGUAGCUGUAAGACAUCGGCUUAGCAUCAAUGUACUCUGAGUCGGGAGAAUGAAGGAAGCGAAAAAGCUGUUGCAAAAUAAAGAAAAUGCUUUGACGUGAACUGAAGACGAUGGUCUCAGUAGUCUGAUUGGAAGAAGAAAUAGCUCAAUAUGGCAAGAAAAAGUUCUACCCGGCUCUGUCUGUAGAGAGAGGAAUUAAGUUAGACCAAUAAAGGAAACUUCGCCAGGAAUGCUUUGGGAUAAGAUGCAUGCUUAAUUGAACUGCUUGCUACAGCUUGAUCGUGGCGCCUGUAAAAUUGUAUUAUGGUAAUGCGCAGAUAUCUUGCUUUGUAAAAUAAAUUUCGAAUAAUGAAGGUGGUAACCUAUGCUAGAACUAUCGUCAACUGAACGCGUUAUGUAACUAGGGAGAUAGUUGUUAGGAUUUAUGGCUGCCAACGGUCACUCACUCGCUUGCUCGUCAGGGUGACCGUGAGAUCAGCUAGGUGUUUCGCUGCUGUAGGCACAAGCAAACAAAGUUAUCACUCUCAUUGCUCAUAAAUUUGAACUUGUUCUUUCUGUUUCAUCAAAUUCUUGUAAAGGUACUUUCAUCACUUGUUUGUAUAUGUAUCGCUUAGGAAAAUGUCAGGGUGGGGUAGGGGGGGGGAUGGGGGUGAUAACCUUGGUUAUUACCUCCCUCACGGGCUAGCAGAGUGAUUGAGUAAGUGAUCCUUGAUGGACUUGAUGUAUAAACAGGUUUUAUUUGAAAACAUCCUUGUUGUUGUUAUUGCCACUUAUAAAAUAUAGUUCUUUUCUCUGUACGUUUAGUUUACAAGUAUAAUUAAGAUGAAAUUAAAUUGUGCCAAGCCCUAAUUUAAGGAAAAAAUACGCCGUUAUUAAAAUUUAUUUAUUUUAAUGUACAUGUAUGCGAAAAACUAAUUUAACACAUUUAAAAUGUGAGAGUGUUUAGGCUACAUUUUUCAUUAAAAAAUAUAACAAUAAAAUAUGGCUAUAAAAAUA